GCAGACUGGUUUAAAUUACCCACCAGGAAAUAUGUGGCUGUAUGAGUAUGCUUAAUUCAUGCUCAUUCAAGGUGUUCCGGUGCUGUUUUCUCCCCCUCCCUUCUUGCCUCUCCGUUCAAAUAACCCAGGCUGCCUGCAGCCUGUCUUUGCCCAUUUGACUCAACUGGCCCUGAGCACGGAAAGGAGAAGAGAGUCUCUGAGAAUGGGCACUUUCUUCUCUGAGCCAGGAUGGCUUUACCUGACUGUCACCGCAGUGCUGGGAGGAACAAUUUUUUGCAAACUCAAGAAGAACCAAGGGCAGGUGGGGAGAAAGGUGGUCUGCCUGGCGGGCCUCUGGGGAGGGGCUUGCCUGCUCAGCCUGUCCCUCUUCUGGGGCUUGAUCCUCUUCUCCCUGUCAUGUUUCCUCGUAUAUACUUACUUUUCUGGCCAAGAGUUGUUACCUGCGGAUCAAAAGGCGGUGCUGAUCACAGGUGGCGAUUCUGGGAUUGGCCAUGCUUUGUCCAAGUAUCUGGACGAGUUGGGCUUCACGGUAUUUGCUGGAGUUCUGGAUGAAAAGGGAUCUGGAGCAGAGGAAUUACGAAGAACCUGCUCCAAGCGUCUCUCCGUGCUCCAGCUGGACAUUACCGACCCGCAACAGAUAAAAGAUGCCCACAGCAAAGUGAAGGAAAAGCUGCAGAACAGAGGACUGUGGGCUGUGGUCAACAAUGCUGGGAUCCUUGGCCUCCCAACUGACGGGGAGCUCAUUCCCAUGACCGAAUACAAACGAUGCAUGGCCGUGAACUUCUUCGGGGCCGUGGAAGUCACAAAGGCAUUUUUGCCUCUUCUUAGGAAAUCCAAGGGGAGGCUGGUGAACAUCAGCAGCAUGGCAGGAGGGGUUCCAAUGGAGAAGUUGGCAGCCUAUAGCUCAUCCAAGGCAGCUCUGACCAUGUUUUCAGCAGUCAUGAGACAAGAGCUCUCCAAAUGGGGAGUUAAAGUCUCUGUCAUCCAGCCUGGAGGCUUCCGAACAAACAUCGCAGGCACGAGUGACAUGUGGGACAAGCUGGAGAAAAACAUCCUGGACCACCUCACCCCUGACGUGCAAGAGGACUACGGCCAGGACUAUAUCCUUAGGGAACGCAAUUUUCUCAUGUUCAUGCAAACCUACUCUGUAAUGGACGUCUCCCCAGUCCUCUUGGACGUCCAGCAUGCCAUCUCUGCUAAGAGCCCCUUUGCAUUUUAUGCACCCGGGAAAAUGUCUUAUCUGUGGCUCUGUUUUGUUUCCUUUAGCCCUACUGGCAUAUUUGAUUAUUUUAGCAAAAAAAUGAACAGCCAUAGAAAGAGCAUGCCCAGAGCGUUAAGCAUGCCUAACUGGAAGAAUGAAGCCAUGUAGGCAAAUCAGUGGGAAAUGUUAAGAGUCUUGGAAUGAAAGGGAAUCUCGAGCUUCCCAUUAAAGUUGUGGUUUCCUACCUUGCA